AUGCCACCCGAUGUGCGCCCUGUUGGCGGCACUCGGGAACAUGACCAACAUCGUGCACUUCUCUCCGUUAAGCAGGCUGUCAUUGCCGGUGCGGAAGGAGCCCUGCUUGAGGCUGUGGAGGCGAUGGAGCAGCAUGGUUACAUGCAGGAGGGCACUUUCGUUUGGAGGGCUGCUGAGCUAGCAGUGGAGACCCACGAAGAUGUGCCUAGGCAUGUGGCUUGUUGGGCAAUUGAGGAUGCGCUUGCAAAUUUGACCUGUCCCAAAGUGCGGCCUGACGUGCAUGUGAUCAGUGCUAACAUCACUGCCUGGAGAAAGGACUUGUGCUCUUGGAUUGCGCAACACAAGGCGGCCGUUCUGCUGCUGCAGGAAACACAUCUUUCGCCAGACCAGCCUGACUUGAUUGAGGCUCAGCUUGGGUUUCAUGGUUAUAAUGUUUUUAGCGUCCCGGCCCAUCCCACCGGCAAAGGUGGCACAUCAGGUGGUCUAGCCAUCUGUUUUCGCAAGCACUUGAACAUGAGGCGUGUGCAUCACUUUGUCCGGGCGGGGGCUGGUUUUCAGGUGGCGGCCCUCAGGUUGAAAGAUGCCGAUUGCUAUUUUGUGAAUGUUUACCUGAAGGCCGGUGAAGGUUUCCAGGGCAGCCACAAUGCGCCAAUCCUUGCACAUUUGAUCCCUUUCCUUCGUUCGGUACGUGGAUUCUUUUUUGUGGCUGGUGAUUUCAACGAAGAUUUUGAGGUCAUUGCUGCCACCAGUCUUGAGCAGGAGGCCAAAGGCCGGUGGAUCAGUUCUGGUGAGUCCACAUGUGCUGGGGGUGGCAAUAUCGACUAUGGCUUGAUGUCGCCCUCGCUGGCCUCGGCCGUUUCGCUUUCGAUUGAUUGGGUCACUCCUUUUGCUCCCCAUGCAGCCCUGCACUGGUCUCUGCAGGUUCAGCAUCUGGAUGUUAAGCUACCCCAGCUUGUCAGCCCCUUUGCAAAGAGGGCUGUGCAUUGUUUUGCGGAUCACUGGCAUGGCAGUGAGGAGGCUGCCUUGACCUUCCAUUCUGAGCUUCAGGCUUUUAUUGAUGAAGGCUGCCAGGAUCUUUGCCGUGGUUUGCUUGAUGUUGCUAAGGCGCAAAAACAAUACUUUGUUAAGCAGUGGCAACAGAGCAAAAGUGUCUCUUAUGAGAAAUGGCUCCGUCAGGCCACGUCCAAGGGCAUGCGUCCCUUGUUCAAAAGUGUGCGGGCAGAGGAGGUCAUCACCAUUCGGCCGUUUCUUGAAGCGCCCGUCCAGGAGCGCAUUUACUUGCGGUGGCGCCAAUGGUUUGACUUGUGGUCGCACCCGGCUGGGGUGGACCAGGACCUUCUUGCGACGCUCAGGGUAGCAGCUGUGGAGCAGGCCCAUAGCAUUGCGCCAAUUCCUCUUGACAAGGCUGUUGCCUUCUUUAAGAAAUUGCCCUCCAAGGCGCCGGGCUUGGACGGGUGGACGUGUGAGGUCCUCCGUAAUCUCAGCGCCGAGGCAGUUCAGGCCAUUCUUGACUUUUUGCACCAUUGCGAGAAACGGGCCGCGUGGCCGGAUCAGCUGAUUUUCGCGCUUAUAGCGCUUUUACCCAAAUCUGAAAAACGGGAACGUCCCAUUGCCCUUCUCCAUGUCUUGUAUCGGGCUUGGGCAAAAUUGAGGUGGCCGCUGGUGUCUGCAUGGCAAUCUGCGUAUGCCCGGCGGGCUCACUGGGACAAGGCACUGCCUGGAGGCCAGGUUUUGGAUGUGGCCUUGGCCAGGCUGAUGUUGGGCGAAACAACCCGUCGGUGCAGGCAUCACCUGAUAACACUGUUUCUUGAUAUGGAAACCUUUUAUGACCGAUGCUUGUUUAAUGAUGUCAUUAGUUCGGGUCUUACCCUUGCUUACCCGCCCUUGAUUUUGCACCAGGCCAUGCUCACUUACAUGGGUCCCAGGUUUGUGCAGUCCGAAGGCGCCCUCUGCCCGCCUAUAUGGCCGGGCAGGGGAGUCCUGGCAGGAUGUCCUGCGGCACCUUCGGUGUCCAAACUUGUUAUACACCCGGUUGCCGCCAAACUCGCCUCUAAGAAGAGUGCCUCCAACUUAGACAUCUGGAUAGAUGAUCUGUCCUUGGAUACGGUUCAUAAAUCACCGCUUCAGGUUGCUAGUGAUAGCCUCAAGCUUUUUCGAGGACUGAGACAGGACUUGGAGUCCAAAGGGGCCCAGGUUUCGCUUUCCAAAACUUGCUUUGUGACUUCGUCCACUGAGGCUGCCAAAGCUCUUGGCAAAAUUCUUGAUGCCUCGGAUCCGCAGGUUAAGCCGAUGAACCGUGAUCUCGGGAUCACCUCGGCGGGUGGACGCAGGCGGGUGCUGGGCUUGGCAGAGAGCCGCAGGAAAAAGGCGGCAGGGCGAUCGCGCAAGCUCAACAAGCUUGCUGUGCCGGGGCGAGCACACCGUUUACGGAUCGUUCGCGCAUCCCUGUGCUCGGCAGGCCUGUGGGGCCAUCAGGCUCAGGGGGUCAAUGGGCCCUUGGCGGCUCUCAUGGCCUACCUGCACGAGUUGGGUGUGCAGGCUCCGCAGGCUCACCGUUGGAGCAGAGAUGGCAGCAUCUUGACCAUUGAUUGGUCUAGUCCCGAUGCCACUCGCCGUGUGUGGCACUGGCUCCUACCAGUUUGGGAAGAUGUUCGCUUGCAGCGUGUCAUUGUCCGCUUGAUUUGCAACAUGUUUUGUGGGAUUGCCCUUUCAUUGCCCAGCCUUUCCCUGCGCCUCAGCACUUUCGUGCGGCCCGCCAGCAGUUUCCGUGGCCUAGCCUUUGGCUCCGAGGUUUGGUUCCGCAAGAGGCCACGGCGUUACUGA